AGUGGAAGUCAUUUGAACAAGAUUACCUAUUUUUCGACACAAGCAAGCCAGAACUACAGAAAAUAUUUCCCCUGCUCUGGUCGGUCCAUAGGAUUUCUCCGUUCCCUCGCUGGCACUGUUAGCCUAAUUGGGCAAGUGUCACCCACAGUACGAGUUUCGACGUUAUCGAUAAGGGAAAGAGGGACUGGACUGGGGACCCGCCUGUCCUCAGAUCGGCUGCGGCGAUACCUUUGAUGCGGAAGGGGGGGGCGCGAGAGAGGGGCCAGCAGCUUCUGCAGACGCGCCACACGUGGAAGAAUGCGCUGUGAGACGGCGAGGUGGCCCCGCGUCCCUCUGAGAUUCUGAGAUCCACGCUGCAGCAGAGGGGAUGACGGCCACCAUUUUAAAUCUCCGCCGCUGAAUCGCCUCUCUCUGACUGCCCUCCGAACGACUCCCCAGGUUACACAACCGAACCCCCCGACCCCCCUCACUUCCCUUCUCCCCGGGCCACCCCUACUCUCAAUCGACCCGGAGCGGGAGCCCUGGGACCGAGCUAUGUGAAUGUGCCGGGCCCCGGGGUCGACUGGACCACGGACGCACCACACACAGGACCCGGACGCACAGUACCCGGACCCCCAGGACCCAGGACCCCCAGGACCUCUUGCUCAGCUGUUGUUAUGGGCGUGGGAGUCCGCUGUCUGUGAAUCGCAGCUUUCUCUCCAGAGCUCCAUGAUGGUCCCGCUACUGUUUUUAGUUGCCGUGACAACACAAUCAAAUAAUUCCUCAAAUGAAAACAGCACACCAGAAAACCCAGUGCGCCCCAGCCCCCACGUCCUCCCGACCGUGCUGGUGGUGUCUCUGCUGGCCGUCAUCGGCGUGCUUCUGGCCUGGUACUUCCUCAGGGUAAGGAACCAGCGGAAGGCAGUUGUCACUAUACCCGACAAGAAGAUGCCAAAUGGCAUUUUGGAAGAGCAAGAGCACAGUAAGACACUCGGAGGCAGUUCUGGAGACUUAAACUCAUCUCCCCUGCAAGAGCAACAGACAGUGGUUCUGCUCCCGAGGUCCCCCUCAGCGUCCAAGACAUACCCGCCCAUCGCCUUGGACAGCCUGGAGGAAGAGGUCCGGAUCCGUUCGGCUGACGACGGGAAGCUCUUCCGCGAGGAGUACAACUCUUUGCCGGGAGGAUACAUACAGGGCACUUGUGAGGAGGCCAACAAAGAGGAAAACAGAGAAAAGAAUAGAUAUCCCAAUAUUCUUCCAUAUGACCAUUCAAGGGUGGUAUUAACACAGAUUGAUGGAUCCUUGUGCUCAGACUAUGUCAACGCCUCAUACAUUGAUGGUUACAAAGAAAAGAACAAAUUCAUUGCAGCACAAGGUCCUAAGCAGGAAACAGUAGCUGACUACUGGAGGAUGGUAUGGGAGCAAAAGGCUUCUACUAUUGUGAUGCUGACAAAUCUGAAAGAAAGAAAAGAAGACAAGUGUUAUCAGUACUGGCCAGACCAAGGCUGCUGGACAUACGGGAAUGUGCGGGUAGCAGUAGAGGACUUCACCGUACUGGUGGACUACACUAUUAGAAAAUUCUGUGUGCAAUAUGCCAGUGAUGGCUCCAAGACCACCAGACUGGUUACACAGCUUCACUUCACCAGCUGGCCCGACUUUGGGGUGCCCUUCUCCCCCAUAGGCAUGCUGAAGUUCCUCAAGAAGGUGAAGACGGUCAACCCGUCCUUCGCUGGACCCAUCGUGGUGCAUUGCAGUGCGGGUGUGGGCAGGACAGGGACCUUCAUCGUUAUCGACGCCAUGAUUGACAUGAUGCACGCUGAGCAGAAGGUGGACGUCUUUGGCGUUGUGUCCAGAAUACGAGAGCAGCGCUCGCAGCUAGUUCAGACGGACAUGCAGUACUCGUUCAUCUAUCAGGCACUGCUGGAAUACUACCUCUACGGUGACACGGAGCUUGACGUUUCCUCCCUGGAGGGACAUCUACAGAAGCUGCAUAACACCUCUGCGCCAUUCGACAGAGUAGGGCUGGAGGAGGAGUUCAAAAAAUUGACAAACAUGCGGAUAAUGAAAGAGAACAUGAGAACGGGGAACCUUCCUGCCAAUAUGAAGAAGAACCGUGUUCUCCAGAUUAUUCCAUAUGACUUCAACAGAGUAAUUAUGUCAAUGAAAAGAGGCCAGGAAUUCACAGAUUAUAUAAACGCAUCUUUCAUAGACGGCUACAGGCAGAAGGAUUACUUCAUCGCCACCCAGGGACCCCUGUCCCACACGGUGGAUGACUUCUGGAGGAUGGUGUGGGAGUGGAAGUGCCACUCCAUCGUCAUGUUGACGGAGCUGCAGGAGAGGGAGCAGGACAAGUGCUUCCAGUACUGGCCAACAGAGGACACUGUUACAUACGGCGAAUAUACUGUAGAAAUCAAGGCUGACACUCUGUGUGACACUUUCAGCCUGCGGGACCUGGUGCUGACAUUCGGCUCGGAAAAGCAGACACGGCUUGUACGGCACUUCCACUUCCACGGCUGGCCGGAAAUCGGCAUUCCGACCGAUGGCAAGGGAAUGAUCGACAUCAUCGCCGCAGUGCAGAAACAGCAGCAGCAGUCUGGAAACCACCCCAUCAUUGUGCAUUGCAGUGCUGGUGCUGGACGGACAGGUACGUUCAUUGCUCUAAGCAACAUCCUGGAGCGGGUCAAGGCUGAAGGCCUGCUGGAUGUAUUCCAGACUGUGAAGAGUUUACGGAUGCAGAGACCGCACAUGGUGCAAACCGUGGAACAAUAUGACUUCUGCUACAGAGUGGUACAAGACUUUGUUGACAUAUUCUCUGACUAUGCCAAUUUCAAAUGAAGAAAUCCAAAUCUGCCUUAAUUGUGUAUGCUGUUCAAAAUUCUGUUUUAAGAUACCAUGGUCAGGAUAUAGUUUUUCUCUGAACAGAAAUAAAUAAUAAGUUAGCUAUGCACUUGUCUUUAAUGUAACUAAAAAUACAUAAUAGUUGUACCAUAUUGUGAUAUAAUUAUUUUACUCAAUUGAUUGAAAUUGUAAAUGGCAAAUUGACUAAAAUGCUAAUGUAAAUUUGACAUGAUGUAAAUGAAUUCAUUUGUCUUGGGAUUUAGCAGUAUUAUUACUUUUAUUUUUUUGGAUCAUCACAGUCGUUCUAUUCCUGUACAAUGCAUUAUUAUAAUGUACUUUUAUUUGCAUUUCUUUUAAAUUUGUAACACCAGGUUCAGUUAUAUUUAAAAUUACAAUCCAUCUAAUAUUUAUAAUGUAGUUCAUGUAAAUGUAUUUAUGUACUAUAGUAGAUGCCCCAUUCCUACAUUUCAUGUGCAAAUGUUAAGUUUUAUUUAUGUACAGUUUGGUUGACAUUUUUAGAAAAUUUCUAUUUCUGGUGUAAAAAUUAUGUCUGCCUUUUUUAUGAGUCAUGGCAUACAUUCUGAGAUAUGCAGAGCUUAAAUAUAUAUUUCCAUUAGACAAAUCAGAAGAAGAAUUAUAUUUACAGAUUAGAUUAUGUUACAACAAAAAACAAACAGAUAAAAGCUAAACAAGAGGAAUAGAGACCAUGGGAUUGUCAAUUAAUCUGUGCACACUGGUACAACAAACUAUCACAAUUGCAGAAUUUAUGAAAAAAAUAAUUAUAUUUAUAGUUUUGUCUGAGGACUGUGGCAAAAGUUUGAGGAAGAGGCUGCACAUUAUCUGAAGCACACUACCUGAUGCUCACUGUCAGGUGUCAAUUGAUCUGUUCUUCAUGAGGAGGCAGAGGUUAUUAUUGAAACAAUGUGUGAAUAUGUACAUAUUUUAUUAUAAUGCAAGAGCGGCAGAACCACCGCAGAUAUAUUUUUGAACAGUUUCAUUGUACUUAUUUUGACAUUUGUGUGUUUGCUUGAUGGUGUGCCAUAUAUUGAUUAGAAAAACAGUAAUAUUUCUGAUCAGGAAAUAAUAGUCACCAGGUGACUUCAGCAAAUGGACAGAAUUUCUGGUAGAAAUUUGGUCAAAAUAAAAAUAUACUCUACAUCUACAUUUUGAUCUAACCAAAAAAGAGAUGACAGAAGCACAAGAAUAUGUGAGAAAAAUAUGUUGAUGCAACAGAAGAUGAAUAAAUGUUGCUUUGUUCAGAAACAUUAUGCAUAUCACCCACUGUAGCGGCACACCCUUUAUGACACCACCAUCACUGGCCAUUUAGUAUUCUAUUUUAAUAAAUGUCUAUCAUUAAAACAGUGGUCAUUAUACAGUACAUGGCAUCAUUAUCAUUCCAUUCCAUGUUUUAUUGCCAAUUUUGGCUCUGAUUUGAAGCAGACAUGAAGAGGGUUGAUUGUACAGUUAUUAGAGAUGCUGACUACAGCUCUUUUUAUAUCAUGAAAGGUCUUUGUAAUGAUAUUUCUGACCAAAUGUAUCUUACAGAAUUAAACAUCCUCAGUACUGCGUGACAGCUGACCUUGAAACAAGAUAAAACUGCCAUUAUUUUCUCUUGAUAUUUUGAGUUGUUGUAACAAAUCUGUCGCUGAAGCUUGCCCUCUACUUGCUUCGGGUUUCUCACCAUGGAUUACUUUUGAGGUUUACAAUGUCUUUGUAAAUGCAGUUUGUAAUACUGUAUUAAAUGCAUUGAAUCUCAGAUGCAUAACAAUUGCAA